AUGUCUCGAUACGGCUGGUCGACAAAUCGGGAACAAAUAUCCCCUUACGGCUCCACCCUCAGCGGUGUUCCCGACGUUACGGACGAAGACUUUAGCUACAUCACUACAGAGGACCUGCAGUCAACCUCUCUUGGUAGCUCUGUCCCGACGAGAUCUUACGCCCACAACCCCCGAUCCCGUGGCAGCGUCCCCGACGACGACAUUCUCCUCAUCAAGAACAAGGGCAUCACCUACCCCGCCCACUUCCCCGCGUAUGCCAUUGGCGACGGCAAGCUGCGCGUCCGCGAUGUUCGGGACCGAGUAAGCGUCCUGCUGGAGCUGUCCGAGAGACGUGGACGCCGCGUGAAGCUUCUCUACAAGGGCCGCCAGCUCAAGGAGCCCGCUGCGCCCGUCCGGGAUUACGGUGUCAAGAACAACAGCGAAGUCAUGGUGGUGCUACCCGAGGGCGAGGUGGACGCUGAGAGCAGCGACGACUCGGACGAGGAAAUGGUAGUUGUAGGUGGCGAUGGCGGCAGCGCUGUGGGCAGCAACGGCGGCACCGAUGACGGCAAGAAGCGCCGUGGCAAGAAGAAGGGUCGCAAGUCCAAGAAGCGAAGCAGCAACACCAGCCCGCGUGAUAGCGCAUCAAAUCUCGGCGUCCCGGGUCAGGAGAGACAAAGCUCGCCCUCCCCCAGCAAGGCCAACGGCCCUCACGCCAAGCUCGAUGCCAUUGCAGCAAAAUUCGAGGCGGAUCUUCGCCAGCCUUGUGAGGACUACAUCGCCUCGCCCCCGACAGACCCCAAGAAGAGAGAGGAGGAGCACCGCAAGCUUUCUGAGACGACGAUGCAACAUGUGCUUCUGAAGCUUGACGAGGUCGAGACGGAAGGCGACCAGGACGCCAGAAUGAAGAGAAAAGCCUUGGUCCAAACCGUUCAGGAUGUCCUGAAGCGCCUUGACGCGAGGCUCAAGGCAUAA